AUGGCGCAGCGCCGCCUCACUGACUUCUUUGCGCGCCGCCGUCCCGGGGUCAGCGCCACGCUGCCGCGCGCCAAGCCGGCGUGGCGCACCCCGAGCCCUGCCAAAUCCGCGCCCUGCGCCGCGGCUCCGGGUCCCGGCAGCAGCCGCAAGCGCGCCCGCCCGCCUGCCAAGCCCACGCGCGACGAGCCUGUGCCGCCCGCGCGCAAGAGACUGAGGCUGCCGGCUGACGCGGUGUCUGGCCCCGGUUCCCCGGCUGCCCCUGGCUCCCCAGAGCACCCUUCUCUCCAGAGCAAGGAGACAAAGAAGGCUGCUGGCUCAGCUGGUGGGCGACCCUGCCUGGCAGCCCAGGAGAACAAGGUCCCUUCAAAGGUCACCCCAUCUGAGCUCAGGUCGUGCCUGCAGCGGGCACAGGAGCUGGGGGCGCGGGUCCAGGAGCUGAAAGCAAGUGCGCAGAAGGAUGCUGGGGAAUCCAGCGCACCAGAGGAUGAGGGACGCCUGGAGGGGCCGUGUGGAAAGCAGAUGCCAGCCUACCAGCGCUUCCAUGCCCUGGCCCAGCCGGGGCCCCCGGGCCUUGUGCUGCCCUACAAGUACCAGGUGCUGGCUGAGAUGUUCCGCAGCAUGGACACCAUCGUGGGCAUGCUCUACAACCGCUCCGAGACUGUGACCUUUGCCAAAGUCAAGCAAGGCGUCCAGGACAUGAUGCGCAAACGCUUUGAGGAGCGCAACGUGGGCCAGAUCAAAACCGUAUACCCCGGCUCCUACCACUUCCGCCAGGAGCGCUUCAUCCCCACUUUCAAGGAUGGCAUCAAAAGGUCCGAUUACCAGCUCACCAUUGAGCCACUGCUGGACCACCAGGCUGGCAGUGCGGCCCCCCAGCUUACGGCAUCAUGCCUGCUGCAGCGGCGCCAGGUCUUCAGCCAGAACCUGGUGGCCCGAGUCCAGGAGCAUCACAGGGCUUUCCUGGCCUCCCUGAACCCCCCCAUGGAGGUGCCAGAGGACCAGCUAACACGCUGGCAUCCCCGCUUCAACGUGGAUGGGGUGCCUGACAUCGAGCCGGCCGAGCUGCCCCAGCCGCCCACUGUGGAGAAGCUGACCACCGCCCAGGAGGUCCUGGCCCGUGCCCGCAGCCUGAUGUCACCCAGGAUGGAGAAGGCCCUGAGUGACCUGGCCCAGCGCACAGCCGAGCCUAGCAGCCCCAGGUCCCCCAGCCUGGCACAGCCAGCCACUCCACCUCCAGCCACUCCACCUGCUGCCCCGCCUUCUGCCCUGAAGGGGGUGUCCCAGGCCCUGCUGGAGCGAAUCCGGGCCAAGGAAGCGCAGAAGCAGCUAGCACAGAUGACACGGCGCCCAGAGCAGGAGCAGCGGCUGCAGCGACUUGAGCGGCUGCCCGAGCUGGCUCGGGUGCUGCGCAGCGUGUUUGUGUCAGAGCGCAAGCCUGCACUCACCAUGGAGGUGGCCUGUGCCAGGAUGGUGGGCAGCUACCGAGCAGCCAUGAGCCCUGGGGAGAUGGAGAAGCACCUGCAGCUCCUCUCUGAGCUACUGCCUGACUGGCUCAGCCUCCACCACAUCCGCACGGACACCUACGUCAAGCUGGACAAGGCCGCCGACCUGGCAGGUGUCAUGGAGCAGCUAGCCCGCCUGGCCCGUGCGGAGGAGACACUGUGAGCCCGGUGGACACGUGCCAGGCUUGUGUCUUACUCCCUUUUGGAAAAUGAUGCACUUUGAUCUCCCUGUCCUGAGUCUCAUGAGGGCCAGGCUGGCCUGGACUUGGGCUGCUGAGCUAGAGGGUCUCUGGUGGAAGGCCCCCUACCUUGUAUAUAGGAUGCAGGGAAAAGGGGGAGGUGGGGGAGGGUAGUGUAGCAGCUAGAGUUAACCUCUCAGGGGCCCACAGGAGCUCUUGGAGGACCCAGUAUCACACACGUUCCCCACAAAGGGAGGCCAAUGCAGAAUCUGAGAUUGAGUCUCCCUAGAGCCUCCAGAAGGAAGCAGCUGUGCCCACCCACCCCCUGGAUCUUGUAUUUGGUCUCUAGACUGUCAGAUAAAGUUGUUGGAAGUCA